AUGCUGGCGAGUAUAGAGGACGGCCACUACUUCGCCGCCGCCUUGCGUUGGCCCUGCGGCGCGGCAGGCCAGGCAGUCAGCAUGCCCCCGGGUCUCAGCGAGGAGGCCAUGAUGCUGCUGCUGCGCCUGCGCUACGGUGCGGAGGAGAUCGAGGCUGACUACAUUCUGGAGGUCCGGCACUUUGCGGAGCUCUUGGAUUGGCCUGAGGUGCGCAAGCGCUGCGAGGCGUAUUUGGAGUCCUUGCUGAACGGGUCCAAGGACAUGGAUAGCGCCAGCCUGCUGGCGGUGGUGUCCCAUGCAGAGGAGAGCCGGUCGAUGCCUGGCCGCCUCAAGGCUGCAGCCCUGGCUGCUGCCGUCAGGCAGUGGUCGCGGGUGGCGGAGGCGGCUGAAGCGUCCACGCUGCCCUCCAGCAGGCAGGCGGAGCUUGGCACCUUGAGCCGCGUGCGCCAGCGCGACGGCCACGUCUGCGGCAGCCUCGAUGAGUACUUGCACGCGGCGGCGGACGACCUGAUGACAUGGGAGAGCAACCUGGCACUGGACGCACCGCAGUCUGCAAAGCGGAACCUGGAAGGCGCUUGGAGGCACUGGCAUCAGAUCCUCUUCGAGUACGGCCACAUCUUUGGGGCGGAGAAUGCGGAGAGGCUGCGGGAGAGGGUCCGCUCGAGGCGUCGCCAGCUCUGUGAGGAGCGAGCGCGCAAGCGAGGCAGCGGCAUGCGGCUGCCCGAAGGCCGAGUCUGGUUCGAGGCCACCGCAGAGUGGCAGGAGGUGCCAAAGAACGCCAUUUGCCCCGCCGGACUUGAGUACCGCCUGGACAUGCAGACCGGCAGGCAGAUUGCGCGCCUGGCGAUGUGA